CUGAACUGUUUGACUGGAGCUAUGUGUUGGAUAUUGAGUGUAGUUAUUGGAAUCAUUUCCCUUCUGAUUUCCAGGCUGAGUUUCGUUGAUGGCUCGUUCCUGAAUUUGAGAAGAAAAAUUGUACCAUACUGCGCCAGAGAGAAUAGACACUGCAGAUACAUCCUGACCAUCACUCAAGGAACAACUGCACAACUGUGGGAAGACAUCCAGUCCCUUCACAGCAUUGUUCAACACUGAGGUGGUUGGGCAGUGAACCCAUCAUCUGGUCGGGUCAGGGAGCUUUGACAUAUCAUCAGAUCUGAAACUGGUCAGUGGUGUGGAGCCUUCCAUCAGACCAACCUUUCUGAAGGUUUAGCCGUGGAUGAUCGGUCAGGGUGAGGCUGGAGAGAAGUGUGAGUGGCUCCAAGUGUGGUGAGAGCUUCAAUCAUUCAUUGAGCCUCAUGAAUUACUGGCUGCUUCCUCCAGGUGAGAGGCUGUUCAAGUGUGAGGUGUGUGAGGGGCUGUACAGGUUCAUAUGAUCCCUUGCCACAUGGGUCCAUCUGUUGUGCAGUUGUUAAGAAAAGCAAAGGUAGAUGGAAGAGAAACCGUUCAAGUGUGAGAUUUGUAGUAAAGCUUUUAUGACUUCUACAAUUCUUCUGAGACACCAGAGCAUUCACACUGGGGAGAAACCAUUCACAUGCGAGGUAUGUGACAAAGCAUUCUCACAGUUAGGGAACCUGCUCAGACACCAACGGAUUCACAGAGGUGAGAAACUGUUCAGCUGUGAAGUGUGCAACCAAUCAUUUUUUGAUUCUUCGAACCUUCAAGCACACCAACGCAUUCACACAGGGGAGAGACCAUUCACAUGUGAGGUCUGUGACGUAUCAUUCUCACAGUCAUCAACCCUCCGCAGACACCAACGGAUUCAUACUGGAGAGAGACCAUUCGUGUGCAAGGUAUGUGACAAAUCAUUCUUACAGUCAUCAAAUCUCCACAGACACCAAUACAGUCAUACAGGGGAGAAACCAUUCAAGUGUGAGGUGUGCGAGAAAACCUUUCUGACAUCUACGACACUCCUGAGACACCAGAGGAUUCACACAGGGGAGAAGCCCUUCAGGUGUGAUUUGUGUGAGGCAGCUUUCUACCGAUCAUCCAAUCUCCUGUCACACCAGAAGAUUCACACAGGGGAAAAGCCAUUUGUAUGCGAGGUGUGUGACAAAUCAUUCUUGUCAUCGUCACACCUCCGCACACAUCUGUACCUUCACACUGGAGAAAAACCAUUUGUGUGUGAUGAGUGUGACAGAUCAUUUCUGGAAUCAUCAACCCUCCGCAGACACAAACGCAUUCACACGGGGGAGAAACCAUUCACAUGUGAGAUGUGUAACAAAUCCUUCUCACAGUUAGGAAAUCUCUACACACAUCAACGCAUUCACACAGGUGAGAAACCAUUCACGUGCGAAGUGUGUGACAAAUCCUUUUUGGGAUCAUCAGCCCUCCGCAGACACCAAAUUAUUCACACAGGGGAGAAAGCAUUUAAGUGUGAGGUCUGCAGCAAAUCAUUCUCACAGUCAUCAACUCUCCGCAGACACCAGCGCAUUCACACAGGAGAAACUACUCAUGUGUGAGAAAGUGUUCUCAGGCACAUCAAAACUCCUGCUGCAUGAGGGGAUCAACACAGCGGAAUCAGUCUUCAAGUGUGAGCUUUGUAAUCAAAAUAUCUGUAAUAAAGCCUUGACACAACAGUUGGACCUCCUGGAAUAUGAACCUACAGAGAAAUGACCUGCCCAUAUUUUUGCCCAACUUGUCCUCAGAAUGUGUAACGGUGUACAGUCUUAGGGUGUUCAGUGGGACUGGGACACAGAACAAGAAGCAGCUUUCACUCCCAUCAAACACCUAGUGAUGACAUCACCAGUGCUGAGGGAUUAUGAUGUCAACAAUGGAGCCACCCUGCAGUGUGAUGUCAGUGACACAGGACUUGGAGUAAUCCCCAUGCAGUGAGGGCAACCCGUUGUGUUUGUAUCCAGAGAGUUAACACAAACGAAACAGUGCUGUACAUAGAUUGAGAAAGAUGGUCUGGAUAAUGUCUUUGAUUGUGAGCUUUUCAACCAGUACCUGUUCAGGAGAGAAAAAGCAAUGGUGGAGUCUGACCACAAGCAAAUUCAAAGGAUUUUUCUCAAACUAAUAUUCUUUAUUCCAAAGUUUUUGCAACAGACAUAACUUAAUUUACAGAGAUAUCACUGGGAAGUUAAGUACAAGCAAGGGAAGCAGAUGUACAUCACAAAUGUGCUGUUGAGAACUACACUGUCUUUGAUGGAAUUUGAUACUGGUACAGAAAUCUUCCAGAUUCAACCAGAAGCCAUAGCAUGACAUGCUCUGGAAAUCGGCAACAAAGCAGAGACAAUAAUCUGACACCCUAAGUGUCUUACUGAGAUUAAGCAAACUAUUCAAUGGAAUGCAACUCUUCAAAUGUUACAGGGAGUCGUGAUGAAAGGAUGGACUGAAACCAUUUUGGACAACCAUGUGACUGUAAGAGAGUAUUGGGCAAACAGAGAUGAAGUGAUCACCCAAGUUGGCAUCUUGCUUAAAGGGAACAGGCUCAUUGUCUGUAAAGAGAUGAAAAAAGAAAUGCUGAAACACAUCCUACACAAACCAUCAAGGGACCAAGUCUAGUCUGAGGAAGGUAAGAGAAGUGUUGCAUUGGCCAAACAUGAGCAAUGUGAUGAAGGACCACAUCAGCCAGUGCAGUGCUUGUGAUGAACAGCAAGCUAAGCAAGAUGAAGAGCUGCUCAUGACUCAUGACAUCCCAGACAGUCCAUGGAUGAAUCUUGGAACAGAGCCCUUCACUCUCACUGGAAUUGAUUAUAUAGUCGCAGUCGACUACUAUUGAGACUGCAGGGAGUUAGAGCAGCUGACAUCAAGGAUUCCCCGUGAGAUUGUAGAAUUUCUGAAAGCACACUUCAGUCGACAUGGCAUUCUUGACAUUGUGAUCAGUGACAAAGACCUCAAUUCAGACACUUCCUGAAUGAUGGGAAAAUUCAGCACCACACACCAUCUCACACACCCACUGUCAAAUGGAAAUGUGAUGGUAAAAAUUGUCAAAUCUGUCAUCAAAAAUUAAUCAACAGACCUGGUACCAAUGUGUAGGAGGCAAACUUAGAGGGAAUAACAUAGCAAGUGAAAGUAUGGGAAGUUGUCCAGUCCAGAGACCAAUGUCAUAUGGCACCCAGGCAACUGUUCCAAUUGUUAGAGUAUUACUGAGACCAGAAGUACUAAUAAAAGUGUAACAAACUUGAAUGAACAACAAAAAGCCAUAUCUCACUUUCAUAAAUCUACAAAAUCUUUGCCAGGGCUCAGAAUUAGGAAACUGGUCAAAGUGCAAACAUAGUCAUCGAAAGUUAGUCCACUUGGAAACUUGGGCCUGUGUGAAGAAGUUGUCACCUCGAUCAUGCCCGGUGAAACGGAAUGUCACAACUGCGGAAGCUGCUCCUUUGCAGCCAACAGUUGAUAAGGUCAAAUUGAUUUCACUAACUAAGUCCAGUACAGUUACAACACUGACAUCUACCUGACAAUACGGAAAAUUGCCCAGGUAUUUCCUGUAUAUUAAAAGCAGGACAAAUGCAACCUGGCCAAUUACCGCUCCAUCAGUCUACUCUCAAUCAUCAGUAAAGUGAUGGAAGGUGUUAUCAACAGUGCUAUCAAGCAGCACCUGCUCAGCAAUAACCUGCUCAAUGAUGCCCAGUUCUGGUUCUGCCCGGGCCACUCAGCUUCUGACCUCAACACAAUCUUGGUUCAUGACAUGAAAAUCGUUGUGGUUGUUGGAGGUCAGUCAUCUCAGCUCCAGGACAUCUCUGCAGGAGUUCCUCAGGGUAGUGUCCUCGGCCCAACCAUCUUCGGCCACCUCAUCAAUGACCUUCCCUCCAUCAUAAGGUCAAAAAUAGGUAUGUACGCGGAUAAUUGCACAAUGUUCAUCACCAUUUGCGACUCCUCAGAUACUGAAGCAGUCCAUGUUCAAAUGCAUCAAGAUCUGGACAAUAUCCAGGCUUGGACUGACAAGUGGCAAGUAACAUUCGCACCACACAAAUACCAGGCUAUGACCAUCACUAAGAGGAGACAAUCUAACCACCGCCCCUUGAUAUUCAUUGGUGUUACCAUCACUGAACCCUCCAUUAUCAACAUCCUGGGGCGGGGAGGGUUAUCAUUGACCAGAAACUCAACUGGACUCACCUUAUAAACACAAUGGCUACAAGAGCAAGUCAGAAGCCAGGAAUACUGUGGCACGUAACUUACCUCCUGAUUCCCCAAAGCCUGUCCAACAUCUACAAAGCACAAGUCAGGAGUGUGAUGCAAUACUUCUCACUUGCUUGGAUGAGUGCAGCCCCAACAACUGUCAAAAAGCUUGACACCAUCCAGAACAAAACAGCCCGCUUGAUUGACACUACAUCCACAAGCAUUCACUCCCUCCCCCAGCAAUGCUUAGUAGCAGCAGUGUGUAUUAUCUAUAAGAUGCACUACAGAACUUCACCAAAUUUCCUCAGACAGCACCAUCCAAACCCAUGACCACUUCCAUCUAGAAGAACAAGGACAGCAGAUAUAUGGGAAUACCACUACCUCCAAGUUCCCCUCCAAGACACUCAUCAUUCUGACUUGGAAAUAUAUCACUGUUCCUUCACUGUUGCUCCAUCAAAAUCCUGGAAUUCCCUCCUUAAUUACAUUGUGGUCAACCCACAGCAGGUAGACUGAAGCAGUUCAAGAAGGCAGCUCACUACCACCUUCUCAAAGGCAGCUAGGACCGGCAAUAAUGCUGGCCAGUCAGUGAUGCCCACGUUCCACAAAAUGAAUAUUAAAAAAUGUAAGGAACUGAAUGACCAUUGGUAUCAGAAGUCAGUUGUUCCUCAAGAAAUGUAAUGGAUCAGCAGCAAUAGUUACCAUGACAACAACGUGAUGCUGAAAGACAAUAUUACCUCAGGAACCAGCAGACACCAGAAUGAAAGUAUAACAACUCACAUAUAAGAAGAUGCUUUAAAAAUUGUGCAUUGUGCUGCGUGGUGACUGACAAAGUUGGUACCAAGAAAGACUUGAAAUAGCUGAGAGUUGUGUUGUUCAUAUGUGAUCAUCUUCUUCAUGGAUUACACAUAAGGAGUAACUUGCAAAUGACAGUGCAUGCAAAUUUUUUUUAUGAAACGGGAACAUUAGGAAUCAUACACUUUAACACUAUCGCUUUCCAUAUUCACAUGACUUUUAUUUAAUCAUAGGUAAAUAAAGGUUUGUUGGCAAGAAUGAUUUUACACACCGUGUGGAACAUUGUUUAAAAUUACCAGUGAAAUAAUGGUGAUUUGACAUCAGGUGGCAUAUCAACUUGACAUUGUCCCAUCUGAAUAAAACUAUUUAUUGCAGCUGCUGUUUCUGUUCUCCUGGUGAAUGUUUCUCUCAGAUUUCUAGUGUGGGAAUUCUUCAUCCUUGGAGGCUUUAAAACCGACAACAUCAGUGUGAGAUGUGUAUUCUUGGAUGUGUUUGUCAGCAGAUCAGAAGAGGAAAACCCACAGCAUCCGAGGCAAUGAUGAUGUGCAGUGGUAGGAUCAGCAGAUGCACAGGAGGGAGCAGCACAGAAGACUGGAAGAUGGAGGGAGAACUGAGAACAGAGUAGGAAAAGAGAUUGAGCCAGUGUUUGGGAGUGACUCUGGGUCUUAGGGAAUGAUUUCUAUGCUGGGAGUGAGCGUCAACCAGAUUUUGGCAGUGACUUUGGGAGGUUCUCCAGGAUGGAUCUUGUGCUUAGAGAGUGUCUGUGACUCGGAGAGUUACUGUCUGCUUGGAAGUGAUUGUGACUUGCAGACUCCAGGCUGACCAAUGCUGAGGAAUGAAAAUAAGAAGCACUUCAACUAUCAGGUGGUGUCAGUCAGUGUUGGCGAAAAUGGGGAGAGUUAACCGACAAAAGGAAAAGCCAACUUCAGUCUAAUUUCUGAUGAAGGAUCGCAUCAAGCUGAAAGUGAACUUGUUUUUCUUCACAGAUGUUUCUUGAUUUGCAGAGAAUUUCUAGCAUUUUUUCAUUUUAAUUUUUAAAGCACAGAAACAGACCAUUUGGCCCAACUGCUUUCUCCUGAUGCCUGUCCUUGACAUGAGUUUUCUCCCUGCCUAUUUUAUCUCACCCUCUCAGUGGAUCCUUCUAUUCCAUUCUCACGUAAUGUACCCAGCUUCCUAGCAAAUGCAUCUAAACUAUUUCCUCAAUCAUUCCCUGUGGCAAUGAGUUCUAUAUUCUCAUCAUCUUUUUAAAGACUUUUAUUACGUCACCCCUCAGCCUUCUAUUUUCUGGGAAAAGUGUGCUGGCCUGUUCAGUCUUUCCUGUAGUUACAACCUCUCAAUCCUCAAUCUCAUCCUUAUCAUUUUUUUUGCAUCUUCCCCAGUUCUUUCGUGUCCUUUUCAAUUGCACAGCUCUUUGGGUGGCCGACCAAGGUUCUGCACAAAUUGAACAUAACUUGUCUGCUUUUUAAUGGUCCUCUGCUAAUAGUAGCCUAAAUGACAUUGCUGCUAGACUGGGUCUGUAGUAGGUGAUGAGGGAACCAACAAGAGGAUAAAAUGUACUUGACCUCAUCAUUGCCAAUGUACCUGCUACAGAUGCAUCUGUCCAUGACAGUAUCAGUCAGACUAACUCCAGCACUGUCCUUGUGGAAAUGAAGUCCUGCCUUCACAACGAGAAUACCUUACAUUGUGUUGUGUGGCACUAUCAUUGUGCUAAAUGGGACAGACUUUGAACAGAUCUAGCAACUCAAGACUGGUCAUCAGAGAUGUUGUGGGCUAACAUGAGCAGCAGAGUCAUACUGCAACACAAUGUGUAACCUCAUGGCCUAGCAUCUUCCUCAUUCUCCUGUUACCUAGCUCGGGGAUCACCCCUGGUUCAAGGAAUAAUGCAGGAAGACAUGCCAGUCAUUUCAGCUCCACAACAUCUCUGCAGGAGAUCCUCAGGGAGUAUCCUAGAAAACCAUCUUCCGGUUCUUCAUCAAUGAGCUUUGCUCCAUCAUAAGUUCAAAGGUGGGAUGUUCAUUAAUGGAUUGCACAAUGUUCAGCACCAUUUGCGACUCCUCAGAUACUGAACCAAUCCAUGUCCGAAUGCAGCAAAACCUGGACAACAUCCAGUUACCGAGAAAGGGUAUCAACCCUGGUUCAAUGAAGAAUGCAGGAAGACAUGCACCAGGCAUCAUUCAAAAUGAGUGUCACCCUAAUUAAGCUACAAAACAGGACUACUUAUGUGCCUAACAGUAAAAGCAGCCACUCACAUAUGGAGCCAAGUGAUCUCACAACAAACAGGCCAGAUAUAAGUUCGGCAAUCCUACCACAUCCAGUUGUGAAUGGUGGUGUACAAUUAAACAAUUGACUGGAGGAGGAAACUCCACAAAUAUCCCCAACCUUCAUGACAGGGGAGCAUUGUACAUCAGUGUAAAAGAUAAGGCUGAAACAUUUGUGACAAUCUUCAGCCAGAGGUGCCAAGUGGAUGAUCCAUCUCAGCCUCGUACAGUGAUGUGUAACCUCACAGGUACCAGUCUUCAGCCAACCCAAUUGGCUCCACAUGAUAGCAAGACAGGGAAUAAAAGCACUGGAUACUGCAAAGUCUUUGGGCCCUGGCAAUGUUCCAGCAAAAGUACAGAAGAGUGUGCUCCAGAACUUGCCAUUCCCUAGUCAAACUAUUCCAAUACAAUUUCAAUACUGCUGUCUACCCAACAAUGUAAAAAAUUGUCCAGGUAUAUCCACAAAAAGCAGAUCAAAUCCAACCCAGCUAAUUACCAGCCCAUCAGUCUAUUCUCGAUCAUCAACAAAGUGAUGGAAGAUAUCAUCAACAGUACAACCAAGCAGCAUCUGCUCAACAAUAACCUGCUCACUGAUGCCCAGUGUCAUUCAGUUUCUCACCUCAUUACAAACAUGAACUAAAGAGCUGAGGUCUAGAGACGAGGUGAAAGUAACAUCACGGCCACAUUUGACUGAGUAUGGCAUUGAGGAGCCGAGCAAACCUGCAAUCAAUGGGAAACAAAAAUAGAGAUUGCUGGAAAAGUUCCGCAAGUCUGGCAGCAUCUGUGGAGAGAAAUCAGAGUUAAUGUUUCGGGUCGAGUGACCCUUCCUCAGAAUCAAUGCAAUCAAUGGGAAUUGGGGGAGACUAUCUGCUGGUUCGUGUCAGACUUGGAAUAUAGGAAGUCGAUUGUGGUUGUUGGAGGUCAGUCAUCUCAGCUCCACAACAUCUCUGCAGGAGUUCCCGAGGGAGUAUCCUAGAAAACCAUCUUUAGGUUCUUCAUCAAUGAGCUUUGCUCCAUCAUAAGGUCAAAGGUGAGAUGUUCGUUGAUGGAUUGCACAAUGUUCAGCAGCAAUUGCAUCUCCUCAGAUACUGAAUCAAUCCAUGUCCGAAUGCAGCAAAAUCUGGACAACAUCCAUUGAAAAGUAGCAAAUAACAAUCAUGCCACACAAAUGCCUGGCAAUGAACAUCUCUGAUAAGAGACAAUCUAACCAGUGCCCCCUGAUAUUCAAUGUCGUUACAUUCGCUGAAUCCCUCACUAUGUUGGGGUUACCAUUAAGCAGAAGCUGAACUGGAGCAGCUGUAUAUAUGUAGUGGUUACAAGUGCAGUUCAGAGGCUAGAAUUACUGCAGCCAGUAACUCACUUCCUGAGAUAGUAGGAACUGCAAAUGCUGGAGAAUCUGAGAUAACAAGAUGUAGAGCUGGAUGAACACAGCAGGCCAAGCAGCAUCAGAGGAGCAGGAAAGCUGACGUUUCGGGCCUAGACCCUUCUUCAGAAAUUCACUUCCUGACUUGCCAAAGACUGUCCACCAUCUUAUUCAUGGCUGCAAGCUUUCAACUGAUAUCACAUUCCAUGGGAGCAGAAAUGGAAUCUCCAAGUCCUUUAGGGCAUUCGUGAGGCAGCUCCUCCAAAGAAACAAUGAGGGGGAGUGGUAGAGGAAGCUCAUUUUCCACUUGGGAAACCUGCAGCCUUUGGGCCUCAAUAAUGGUCCCCAUUAGCACCUAUUGAUUCUCUAAGGUUGACCAUUGCCCAUUCUUUUGUCUGCCCAACUGUUAAUUUCUUUCAGAGAUAGUAGGAACUGCCGAUGCUGGAGAAUCUGAGAUAACAAGGUGUAGCGCUGGAUAAUCUCUUUCCUUUGAUAGAGGGGGUGUUGGCUCGAGGCGGAAGAGGCUGUGAAUCCCGUUCCCGCCGCCAGGGGCGCGCCUCCAAUUCCUGCACCACCCACGUGACAGUCGCCCGAGCUCGCGCAAUCUCAGAUUCGAACUCCCGAACGCUGGCUGUCAGCCACCGUUGAGUGUAGUCAGAACUACACCUUCCAUCAGGUACUGCGGACCGGCUCUUUCCUGAUUCCAUACAGCCCCCUUACUACGCACGUGCGGGGCCCACAAGCUGCAUGGGUAAUGUAGUUCGGAGCGGGACUGUGAGCGGUUUGGGUGAAAUGAGCUGAGUCCCUUGUGGAAGUUUUAAACGACCUCAGUGAAGGGGGAGCUUUCUGGAUUUGGGACUGCAAUUUAGUCACGUUUGAGGAAAUGGCCUGUCUCUCACUCUAUUCAACACAGGAUGGCACUUCCAGAGAAAAUCUCUCCAACGUUUUCUCACCAAAUAUGAGUUUUUACUGCAAUGUCCGACAUAUUUCUGGAGAUGUUGGGACUAACUGAUAAAUGUUGACAUUUAAACUUC